AUGACGGACCUUCCGGCUCACGCCUCCCCUAAACUCACCCCGCAAUCCUCGUCCGUGACGGAUCGACACGAAGACCUCGCCGACGAUGCGAGUCAAGGGAGUGGGAUCGCAACCGGUGAACAGACGCCAGCGCUCCCCAACUCGAUACUGUCGCCCGCCUUUACCCCUCCAGCGACCCCAGGGGGCACAUUGCACUUGACUUCGAACCCGACACAUUUGCUGCACGAGAACCAAUCAGCCAGUAUCCGACACCAAGGCGAGCACAAGAAGGCCCCAAAAUUGCUGGAACAGCUCCCUCAUGUGGAAUGCAUUGUCCGGGCGCGUAUCCCCACCACCAAUGGCGCAGAGAUGUUCUUGCACCUCUAUCACAAUGACAUCGAUAACAAGGAGCAUUUGGCCAUCGUCUUUGGCAGCAACAUCCGCAGUCGGAGUUUGGACCGUGUACGGCCGGGAGAGACGGAGAUGGAUCGCAUGAUUCGUGGAGCCUAUGUGGGCAAAUUGCAUCCCGGGCGAACGAGCAGCUGGUACGACGACGAGAAGAACUCCGAGUCGGCGCAGGCGGGCCGCAUGGAGCCCCCGUUGGUUCGAAUCCAUUCAGAGUGCUACACAGGCGAGACGGCGUGGUCCGCUCGCUGUGACUGUGGUGAGCAAUUGGACGAGGCCGCACGCUUGAUGUCCUUCCCCGUGGAAACUUUGGCGGCGGAUGCCCCGCCCGAGACACAAUCCUUGCGUUCGCGGUCGGCGGGAGGAGUGAUCAUUUAUUUACGCCAGGAAGGUCGAGGCAUUGGGUUAGGCGAGAAGUUGAAGGCAUACAAUCUACAAGACUUGGGAUCCGACACCGUGGAGGCCAACCUUCUCCUCCGUCAUCCAGCCGAUGCCCGCAGUUACGGCUUGGCGACCGCCAUGCUGCAGGAUCUCGGCUGCGGUGCUGAUGUCAAUCCUGAUGGCAUUCGUCUGCUGACGAACAAUCCGGAUAAAGUUCGUGCGAUCGAGGGACCCAAUCGCGAGGUGUUGGUGAAGGAGCGAGUUCCCAUGAUUCCCUUGGCUUGGCGCACCGGCGGGGAACGCGGGAUAAAAAGCUCCGAAAUCGAAGGUUAUCUCAGAACCAAGGAGCUUAGACUCUGGGGCCGGCCGUUGGACGGGUAUGGUGAUACGCGGAAUUCAGGCGGUUGGCUGACAAGGGUUCAAUCUCAAUUUGAGCAGAUUUCCAAGAUGGGCCACAUGAUUCAAUAA